AGGCGCUUAAAACCCGCUGCCCCUCCUACAGAGAGGAGGGAGUCGAGCUCGAGCCGCGGGCGAUCAUGUCUGACCCAAUCCGAGUUCUGGUGACCGGCGCUGCUGGGCAGAUUGCAUAUUCUCUUCUGUUCAGUAUUGCCAAGGGAGAUGUCUUUGGCAAAGAUCAGCCCAUCACCCUGCUUCUUUUGGACAUUACUCCCAUGUUGCCAGUUCUGGAGGGGGUGGUCAUGGAGCUGCAGGACUGUGCCCUCCCGCUUCUGAGAGAGAUUGUCCCUACUGACAAGGAGGACGUGGCUUUCAAGGACUUGGAUGUCGCUAUCUUGGUGGGCUCCAUGCCCAGAAGGGACGGCAUGGAACGAAAGGACCUGCUGAAGGCCAAUGCAGUGAUCUUCAAGAGUCAAGGAGCAGCCCUGGACAAGCACGCUAAGAAGACGGUUAAGGUGCUGGUGGUGGGAAAUCCUGCAAACACCAACUGCUUGAUAGCAGCCAAGUCGGCUCCUUCCAUUCCUAAGGAGAACUUCUCCUGUCUUACUCGGCUGGAUCACAACAGAGCCUGCUCUCAGGUGGCGAUGCGCUGUGGCGUUCCUGCCACGCAGGUAAAGAACGUGAUCAUUUGGGGCAAUCACUCGUCCACUCAGUACCCCGACGUGCACCACUGUAAGGUCAACAAGUCUGGCGCUGAGCUGAGCUGCUUCGAUGCAGUAAAGGACGACGCCUGGCUCAAGGGAGACUUCAUCACCACCGUGCAGCAGAGGGGUGGCGCCGUCAUCAAGGCCAGGAAGCUGUCCAGUGCCAUGUCUGCUGCCAAGGCCAUCUGUGACCACAUGAGAGACAUCUGGCUUGGCACCACAGAGGGCGAGUUUACUUCCAUGGGAGUCUACUCCUCUGGGAACUCAUAUGGAGUCGCAGACGACCUCAUCUACUCAUUCCCCGUCCAGAUCAAGGACAAAACCUGGAAGAUUGUUGACGGCCUUGCAAUCAACGAUUUUUCCCGUGCUAAGAUGGAAGCCACCGCAGCUGAGCUGAUAGAGGAGAGAGACACUGCUGUAGCUCUGCUUGGGGUUUGACAGGUCUGGACCGAGGGUUAUCAGGUGGGAACCUCGACAGCCCCACGGACGGAUGGAUGACCGCCAUCAAAUGUUGUCAGUUCUGUGAGCCACUGAUCUACAAAGUCACACUUUUAAGAUCUGCAUAUAAUGAUAGGCAAUUCUGAAGAAAAUAGGUCCUGUAUAAGUUAUUACACUCUGGUCUCCUUGACAUGUUAAAUAUGGGUUGAUGAAUGCAAAUACUGCUGUGGAGCUGGAGUACGUUUUUUACACUGUGACACAAAUCCUAGGGCUGAAUGCGAGCUGACGUUAAUUACUGAACAUGAAAUGUCACUCCAGCCCGGCACACCCAAAAACCUGAAACAUUUGAACAAAGGAACGCUCUGAAUGCGAUGCAUCAUUAAAUGAGUCACGAACAAGGUGGCUGUCAUGUGUAGUCAGUGAUUCCUGCAUUCCUCAACAUGUAAAACUGGUCCAAUAAAGAGUGAAAAGCCAA